CUGUCUCAAAACAAACAAACAAAUAAACAAAAAACACACACACUGUAGAAUCAGCACUUUGUAGGUUCUGGGAAAAGAGAUAAACAGGUAGAAUGGGACCUGAUAGAAUGGAAAUCUGGGCUUUAGAAUCCUUGAUGUAGUAGCCUGCUAGAACAACUCAACUCCACUCUUCAGAAUCCCAGCCACCUUAAAGCUAGGCAUAGGUCUAGGUCAAGACACGUGUUCCAAGCCCGGCAGUGGUGAUGCAUUCCUUUAAUCCCAGCACUGGGGAGGCAGAGGCAGGUAGAUCUCUGUGAGUUCGAGGCCAGCCUGAGCUACAAGAGCUAGAUCCAGGACAGACAAAAGUUGUGCUGAUGGUACCCUCUGUGCAGACCAGACCUGGAAAGGAGCAGGUGCCAGUGUAAGAAUAUCACAAAAGCAAAAGAUGGAGGUUACGCCAGACAUCUUACCAGACUGUGGAAUCCAUACUAAUUCUGGCUUUGCAACCUUCAGCAGCCUCCCUUAAAGAGUGACCUCUCAACAAUCCAGCUGGCCUUUACUGCACCUCAAGAUGCCCUGGCUCACCUUUCUUGCCUACUUUACUGCUAUUCUCAGAACCGGUCCUAUCCCCAGGCUCUUCCACACAUCUGGAGCAUGACAGCCUUGUCACACUGCCUCACAGCUCUCCAUCACAUUCCCAUUCCACUUAGCUAAGGCCUGUCCUACUUACUCGGCUACUGAUCUCCACCUGUGGUCCCUUUCAGCUGCAUCCCAGAGAAAGGGGUUCCCAGGCCUUUACAUUAUCUCUUACACACCCACAAGUGAAGGGUCCAGGGGGAGUUGGUUUUUGUGAACAUUGGUGGUAUGACUAUGCAGGAAUGAGCUCCCCCAAUGGUUUGGAACUGCAGAGCCCCGGACACUCUGGGUGGUGGGGACAACCUGUCCUGAGCAGGCCGCUCACCGGCCAUUUGCUUCUCAGCAGUGCCACUGGCUGGCAUUCAUCAUUCCAGGACAGCAGGGUUUCGGACACCCGCGUACCCCGCGCAGCCCACCCACGCUUCGCCCUGGAGGCCUUCGAGUGCCUGGCCGCGAGCCACGCGGGCCACCUGUGGGAGCAGUUGCGGCAGUUCUGGGCCGACCACUUCUCGCGCCGCUUCUCGCCGCGGAGGCCGCCGCUGCGCCGCACGUCAUCCAUAUCCACCUUCUACCUGCUGGACCAUCGCACGCGCCAGGCCGAGCUGGGGCUGAACUAUGGCGCGCCGCGCACCCGACUGAGCGACGAGACCUUUGUGUUCCUCGACGGCCGCUGGACCACGGAGGGGCAGCAAGCACGCGCGCGGUCGCCGCUGCCCUCGCCCGCCAGCCCAGCCUGGAAGCCCCCGGUGCAGCCGGUCAAGAGCCAGGUGCUCCUGGAGGAGAACAACUACCUGAAGUUGCAGCAAGAACUGCUCAUGGACAUGCUGACCGAGACCACCUCGCGCCUGCACCAGCUGGAGAAGAAGGUGGACGCGGACGUAGACCCCGCGGCCGCGGCGCGCGCCUGGCAGAGAAAGAUACGCAAGCACGAGGGCGCGAGCGUGCUUGUGAUCCAGCCGCGCGCUCUAGGGUCACGGUGA